AGCUGGUUUUGUGCUGCGCUUUUACGGGAGAAGCCUGGCUGCAUUAACUCUUAGUAAAACAAGCGCCUAGACAACUUAAGCAAAAUCCAGUGAUGGAAGUCAACUCCACAGAAGCCAGCAGCAGCUCCCAGGGAAGUACCGGCUGUCUGGAUCUGACCCUUGUCACCCACACAGAAACAGUGACUUUCACAGAAGUGGAGGCAGAAGAGGAGUGGGGAUCCUUUUAUUCUUCCUUUAAGACAGAGCAGCUGGUGACUCUUUGGAUUCUCUUUAUUGUCACGAUUGCUGGAAAUGCCAUUGUGCUCUUCUCUACCUGGAGGAGGAAGCGGAAAUCUCGAAUGACCUACUUUGUUACUCAGCUGGCAAUCACAGAUUCAUUCACAGGACUCAUCAACAUAAUGACUGACAUCAUUUGGCGCUACACUGGAGAUUUUAUGGCCCCUGAUAUCGUUUGCAGGGUUGUUCGCUACUUCCAGGUGGUGCUUCUCUAUGCCUCAACUUACGUCCUUGUGUCACUAAGCAUAGACCGGUAUCAUGCCAUAGUUUACCCCAUGAAGUUCUUGCAAGGAGAAAGGCAGGCGAAAGUACUUAUUGGAGUGGCCUGGAGCCUCUCUUUCCUGUUUUCCAUACCAACUCUGAUUAUUUUUGGGAAACGACAGCUCUCCAAUGGGGAAGUGCAGUGCUGGGCUCUCUGGCCUGAUGACUCCUACUGGAUCCCCUACAUGACAGUUGUGGCUUUCCUGGUGUAUUUCAUUCCUCUGAUCAUUAUCAGUGUCAUAUACUCAAUUGUGAUUCGAACCAUCUGGAUGAAGAGCAAAGCUCAAGCUGUCAUCAUAUCCAGCUGUCCUGGUGGCAAAGCCUCCAGUGGCUACACCAGUCGUGGGUUCAUAUCCAGGGCGAAGGUGAAAGCGAUCAAGUACAGCAUUGUGAUUAUCCUUGCAUUUAUUCUCUGUUGGAGCCCUUACUUUCUUUUUGAUAUCCUGGACAACUUCAACAUACUCCCUGAGACCAAAGAGCGCUUCUACGCGUCUGUGAUUAUUCAGAACCUGCCAGCCUUGAACAGCGCUGUCAACCCCCUCAUCUACUGCUUCUUCAGCAACAGCCUCUGCCCCCCUUCUGAGGAAAGAAGAACUCAGAGGCUGGGGGGAACCUUCCGGGAAAGGAGCGAUGGGGGGCAGGAGAUGCAGGUCCUGUCGAAACCAGAGUACAUCUAGCACAGGCAAUGCUCUGCAAAGCCAC